GCAAAGUUGUUUACGAAAUAUGUCCAGUUUGUGCAGAUUAUGCCGUCAAAAUCUGGAAGUCGAGGCAGCUCUGAAUCUAUUCGAGCCAGCUAACGCAAAACUUCUAAUUGAAAUAGAAUUGCUAACAAGGUUGACGCUGACGUACGAUAAAUACUUGCCUAAAUACAUAUGCGUGAGCUGCAGGCAAGAUUUACAGACUGCUACAGAUUUCCGAAGGGUUUGCUUAGAGACGCAGGACUAUUUUGAUCAGAACCCACACGUGAAUAACAAAGUCAAAUAUCAAGUAAACAUCAAAAAAGAAGAAAAGUUAAUUUAUAGUGAAGACGAUGGCGAUGCUGAUGCUCAAUCACAGUGUUCUAGUGAGGACUUCUUGCGGAGUGACGAAGAAGCCUUUGUCGAAGAUGUCGAAGAGGAGCCUAUAAAUAGAGAUUCAUUAUCCGAAACCGAUGACGAUGACGAGCAAUCAGCGGUAGGAAACGACGAAAUUGUAGCUUGGCAAUAUAUGUGUAACGAGUGUGGGCAAAAUUUUCCCACCAAGGAGAAAGUAAAUGGCCAUCUUGCAAAGGCUCACCGGAUUUACAACUACGAGUGCGAAGAGUGUGGUCUAACAUUUGGAAGUAAUUUCAAGUUGAAAUCCCACAACCGUGAGCUCCACGACGUGCAACAGAAAUAUAUUUGUGAUCAUUGCGGAAAAAAUUUCAAGUUCACGGGUCCAUUGAAUGCACACUUGAAGAGCAUUGGUGCGCCUUUUAAAUACCAAUGCACAUAUUGUGACGAGAAAUUUUAUAUUCAGGACAUGCUUACCUAUCACUGCCGCAGAUUUCACAAAGACAAGCAAACCCAGGAGAGGCACAUCUGUCAUGUGUGUGGGGCGGAGUUAGCAACGUCUUAUAAUCUGUCGGUUCAUUUAAAACGUCACACAGGCGAUAAGUCACAUAAAUGCCAGCAAUGUCCCUAUUCCUGUAGGACGGCGGCGGCCUUGAGAUGUCAUCAGCGUAUCCACGACGAUGUGUAUCCGUAUUCAUGUCGGUAUUCAUGUGGCAAGCUAUUUCGGAAUUGCAGCACUCGCAGCGCCCACGAAAGAGUUCAUAUGGGGACGGGACUGCGCCCAUACAAAUGCGAUUAUUGUACUCAGCGCUUUGUUACCAAAUUUGACUGCAAAUACCAUCAAAGAAUACAUACGAUGAACCGCAAUUAUAGCUGCGAUAUUUGUGAUCAACAUUUUAAAUUAAAAAAACAUCUCAACACACAUCUUUUGACCAAAAGGCACAAAAAGCAAGAGAGCGAAGUCAAAGAGAACGAAAUCAAAUAGAACUAAAAAUAAUACUCGUAAUUUGAAAUAAAUGUUUCCUUAGGCAUUUUA